AUUUAUAAUAGGAUUUAGCUGGAUAUUUUUUUGGAUUUUUUUGACAGUCAGAUAUUAUUGAUUAAUUUUUCUGGCAUCUGAAAGAAUGCAACGUGUUUAAAAAUUUCUGUUUUUCUUUAGAUUUAUCUCGGUUUAUACUUUCGAUACGGCUGGUUUCUUCUUCGUUUUCCGAUCCUUUCCGAUUCUUUCGUUAAAAAUUUACGGUAUUCUCGAUGACCCUUGGAAUUCUUCUCGACGUUGCGUAAAAUAAUGUAAUUGUGGACAUUCGUUGCACAAAAUUCUGUAAUGAAUGGCAUUGAAUCAAUCGUGGAUCAAUAUAUUCGAGAUUAUUCCCGAUAUCAUGUAUCAGAACAAUACAGUGGUAUACGUUGUUUCGUACUUCUUGUAUCACAAGUGCUUGUUCAAUAGCUUCUUCUGAGCGUAAUAGCGUUACGUGACACGAUGUGCCUCGGAGUUUACCCUUUAAUAUACUUUCACGAUGCGCGACAGUAGGUUACGUAGGAUUACAAUCACUUAACUCGUUACCUCAGGCUUCCAUUAUAUACAACACGAAAAUAAAACUUAUUUACCACUUACAUCUAUCCAUCACUCUAUUCCUCCCUCUAUUGUCUCUAUAUACAACUUCGACGUUUCCUCUUUAAUAUUCUUUUCACCUAUCACUCCACCUAUCCAUUUUCUCUCACCAUUUUUCCAAACAACAAAAAUCCACUGAAAGAAUUUUUAUAAAGCUUCUAUUAGAGAAAUUCGUUUUCCUUUUUCGAUUGUAAUCAUCCUUUUAUCCUUCACGCUUCUUUCGUCGCGACGAACAAUUGUUUUCAACCAACCUUUCAAAACGCUUCGACGUUUCCUCUUUAAUAUCCUUUAUAUCUAUCGCUUACCUAUCACCUCUCUCUCUCUCUCUGUCUCUUUUUCAUCCCAUCCUUCUCUUUCCAAAACAAACGGCCGUCAAAAAAAAAUUCUUUCAAAGCAUCCACUAAAAAAAAAGAAAAAAACUACGUUUUUCCUCCCCUCUCCACACAAUAGCCAACACUUGCUCCAACAACCACCUGCGCUCAAACGGUAUCUGCUUAGGUGGAUAAACCGACGAAAGUUGGCUCACCUUCCCCAAGGAUUUCUCUUCUUCUCGUCGAAACGCGUUGCACAAUCCUCCCCCCUUCCUCGCGUAUCCGUUUGAAGAGAAAUUGAAUCGCGGGGAUAAAAGUUGUCGCGGGGUCAAGGCUGGCCUGUUCGUUCAACCCAAAAAGAGAUCUGUUCGAGAUUGCUCGACGAGCGAGAUCGAGGCGGCCGUUGACACGUCUCACGGGGAAAGGGAGGGGAAGGAAAGGGGUGAAUUUCGCGGAACGAAGAGGGAUAAAAGGCGAAUUAAUCGAGAGCUAAUAGCGGUCGUGAGAGGGGAUGGAUAUCAGGGAAUUCUUCGUGGAGAAUAGCCGGGGGUCAAGGACAGCGUAAAACCACCCUUUCUCUCUCGUUCUUCCCUCGAAUUUAUCCAUCUCCCUUUCUCUCCAGUUUUCUUCCUUCUCUUCGUUCUUUUCUUUUUUUUUUCUCUCUUCUCUGGGAGAGAGAGAGAAGCAGCUUCGAGCGUGUAAUAUCUCCCCUCUUUGAUAAAUGCACCGUCUUCCGGGAAUUCGAACAUUACCGAGUUGUGCAUAAGAUGGGAACGAAGAAAAGGGGAGAAAGAAAGAAAGAAAGAAUUGGGAAACGAGGCUUUUCACUUGGACCGUUGACACAAAGAAACCGUGCUUUCCACGAUGCACUCGUAACAUCUCGAUCCCAGUGUACCGAAGUUUCCGGCGGAAGUGUGAAACAUCGUGUCUCGUGUUUCGUUUAAACGUGCGCCGAGCAAACAUGAUUAAAUUGAUGGGGCGACAGCGAUCGUGUGCCAAGAUGGACGAAUUGAUUUCGAUCGAGCCGGAAAUCGUGUUGCCAUUUUAGCGACGAGAAAGCAUCCGGAACAAUCUAUCCAUCGAGACAUCUGGACGUCGUUCAAGGAGUGCGCACAACGAUACGACUCUCUUUUUCUUCCCGAAGUUAUCGCUUAUUCCGAGCAUGGCAUGAUCCGUGGCCAGAUCGUUUCGAGCCCGACGACCCAUCGUCGAAAGAUGACUCUCGCGAGGAGGGAUCAUCGAAUCAUCGUGCCAACGUUCCUCCACGAUUUUCAAUAUCCUCCAAGCGUCCGUAGAAUCGACACCAAUUAUCAGGGAUUAACUUCGAGGAUAUAUAACAUCGAGGAAUAAUCUUGGGAACAGGAGGAGGAGGAGGAGGAGGGAAGUUUGUUCGAGAGUGGAUCAAGAGGAAUUCCGGAUCAUCGAGUCGACGAGAGAGAGAGAAAGAGAGAGAGAGGAGAGGAUCAAUGAGAUGCUAGGUCCGCUGUGAAAAUGCUGGUCGACGAUUGCGGCAGCACGAUGGGGUGGACUUCGGCCAGCGUGCGCGGGGGUUGGUCCACCCCUGGCGGGUGUAGGAAUUCCGCGAUCAACUUCGGUGGCAGCGUGCCCUCCCUUCACCCUGCAGGCUCGAUAAGGUCGCUGCGAUCCCAGCAUUCUAUGCAGGGUAUGCCGGAGACACCGCGAAGAUGCAUGCACUGCCACCCAAUACACGUGCCGAGCACCCCGAGCAAUUACGUUCACCACCCCAUGCAGUAUUACACGCCGAGCCACUGCCCUGAGCCAAGGAAUGGCGUGUACACUCCUCAUCGGGGCAAUUCUUAUCACGGUGAUACUCGAAUGCGUUACAUGGACACGGAGGGGAGUAUGCACGAUGGCAUGAUUGGGAAUAACAAUUGGAUGCUCGGUGAUCUGAGAAGCCUUCAUCGUUGCGUGCCAACCUUUCGUCGUCCAGGCAUAGACGUGGGCGGUAUGCGAACGCAUUUCUAUCCGGAGGGUGGCUGGGGGUGGUUGGUCUGCGCAGCUGGGUUCCUCGCCCUGUUGCUCACUACCGGAAUGCAGCUCGCUUUCGGGCUUCUUCACGUUCACGCCGUGAGACGAUUCGGCGAGGAACAUCUCAUGGAUCUUGCGUGGGUGGGCGCUUUGAGCGCUGCCGUCUCGCGUGGAUCGGCACCCUUGGUCGUUGGCGCGUGUCGUCGAGGAAGUACAAGGCUUACAGCGGUGAUCGGGGGUCUCGUGCUGGCAUUGGCCUCCCUCUUCACCUCUUUCGCCGCAGAAUUGCACCAGGUACUCCUUAGUUACGGCGUGGUGCUGGGCACGGGGGCUGGCCUCGUGAGAGAAACUGCCGGUCUGGUGCUGGGCCAUUACUUCAGAAAACGGCGAGAGUUCGUCGAGAUGGUCGUGCAAGCUGGCGCUGGGGUGGGGAUCGUGCUCUUCAGCGUCUUCUACAGGGAGGCAGUCGGAAAGCUGGGCUGGGAGCGUGGGAUGCAGUCGGUAACCGGAGCCCUUUCGUUGGCCUUCUUCCUGGGCUUGAUUUAUAAGAGCGCCUCUCUCUAUCAUCCGCAACGGCGGGCAAUGUUACACGUGAAAAAUCAACGAGGUGGCAAGUUGAAGGAGAAGAAGACCCCGUCGAAGCCGCCAAGGCAGCCUUGGGUGGAUCUCAGCCCUCUUGGAAGUCGCCCUGUCAGGAUGUUGAUGCUGGCUGCAGGGGCAGCCGGUUUCGGUCUUUAUACGCCCGCCUUUUACAUCGCUAUCCAGGGCCACAAAGACGGUUUGGAGGCUAGUGCGGUCGUGCUCCUGCAAACUUGCCUAGGCUUGGCAGCGGCUCUCGGUUGCGCGGCUUGGGGAGUCGUUACCGCCAGACCAUCUGCCCAAUGCCUGGUGUCCAGACAAUAUCUCUGCCAGGCGGCUCUUCUCGGAGUUGCUAUAGCUCAGGUGGCAUUGGGCAGCGUGCAAGGCUACCACGGGUUGGUAUUGGCUUCCGGUUUGUACGGUGCGUCUCUCGGUGGAGCCCUUUACUCCUUAAAGAUGUUAGCCCUCGAAAGACUAAGAGCCAGACACUUCGCACGCUCCUGGGCACUUGUGCAGGCCGCAGAAGCUUUACCUAUUCUUCUCGGAGUUCCUCUUACUGGUUACAUGAACGCGAACGCGAACUCGAGGGUGGGUUAUUACGCGUGCACGUUAAGUUCCUUGUGCGGUGCAGCGUUACUCUUUCUGGUGGGUUGGGGUCGCCAACCGGCGUCUCCUCUUCUUCCUGGCUCGUCGCACCUCUCAAAUAUGAGCAUACCUCCGCCGUGUGCCUGUCCUCCACCGCCAAGGCCGAGGUUGCCCAAGUCCCAGUCGUUGCACGUGCCCCUCGACGAAGAGCAUUUCCGCGAGAGGGAGAUGGAGAGGAUGCACACUGCCGAACACUAUUACCAACCGCAAUUCUACGGGCCUCUGAGACCCAGCAAAAGCGUGCCCGAGGGAUUGAGUCAUCAGGACUCGUACAGAAGUCGGCCGAGACGGCACAGGGACGUAACUGUGAUCGAACAGAUCACCACUAGCGUUUAAUGAAUAGAGAAGAAGUGGUAAAGA